AGUGACUAGCAAGCUGAAAAAAAAUUAGCAUAGCAAAGAAGCAAGCUUGUGUGACAAAUUUAUGGGAUAAAAAAAUAUUGCCAGACAUUUGUGAAUUAAUCCCUGAAAAAAAAAAAAAAAAAAAAAAAAAAAAAAAAAAAAAGGAAGGAUGUUAUUCAUGUUGGUUUGCUUCAUAAUCAGUUCCAAAUUUCAGAGUCAUCACAGCAGCCAAGUAAGAACAAUUGCUUAUGUUUAAUUUAGAACAGCUCAUAUGUUUUUCACUCAGAUUAAAUAAAAGCCAAACGAGGGAUUUUUUUGAAACCUCCAAACAUAGGGGAAGUUUGAUGUGGCAAGUGUAAUAAUUACUUCCUCAUAAGACAUGCCCAAGAGGAAGGGAGAUGCUCUUCAGUCAUGGAGCUGCUCUCCUAAGCAUGAGGGGGAUCACGCUUUCCUCCCUCUGCUUACUGAUGCACCUGCUUCAGGAUGAGAUAAGCUCGAUUUUAGUCCUGGAAAAUGAAGACCUGCAAGACUUAAUUAAGCCGCAGAAGGUAGAGUUUCAUUCACUGAACUUCAACAACACCUUGUACUGGCAGCCUGGAAGGGCCGGAGAGGCAAAAGCCGUGGUCUACUUUGUGCAGUAUAAAGUGUAUGGGCAGAGCACAUGGCAAAACAAAGAAGAGUGCUGGGGGGUUCAGAACCAUUUCUGCGACCUAACAGAUGAGACUGCUGACAUCCAGGAGCCUUACUACGGCAGGGUGCGAGCUGCUUCAGGUGGUGUCUACUCCGACUGGAGCCUCAGCUGCAGAUUCACUCCCUGGCGAGAAACUAUGAUAGGACCGCCAACAGUAAAUGUGGUUCACAGCAACAAAUCCAUCAUAGUAAAGCUCCAGGCUCCACGUUCUCCUUAUAGAAGGAAGAGAGGCAGCACCAUACCGAUGACAAAUUAUUAUGAACUGCUGUACCAAGUCUUCAUAAUUAACAACUUGCUAGAUGAGCAACACAGAGUCCUGGUGUAUGAAGGAAAGGACAAGCUGGUUAAAAUAGAAGACCUGAGGCAUGGAGUCAGCUACUGCGUCGUGGCUAAAAUGUACGUGCCGACACUGGACCGCAGCAGCGCCUACAGCAGCAGGCAGUGCACCAUGCUGCUGUGAGUUACAGGGAUAAAGUUGGAAGAUGCCUCCCAUUACAGAUCCAGCUGUAAAUUGACAUCUGUGGCCUAGAAUACGGCUGGACUACAUUUGUGGAUGCUUUUUAAAUUAACCCUUGCUGCACUAAAUUAUCCAAUUCACCACAAUCAGUUUAUGUUACACAAAGUCCAAGGAUUCUUUGUAUAUCUUAUAGCACAAUUUAAGAUAGUACAUAUUUGUACUUACAAAGCAAAUAGCCUUGUAUUGUAAUAAAAAAAUUGCAAAAAGUACUUGUGAAAAUAUCCUUAAGAUUGUUUCUAUGGUUUUCUAUUUUAGGCCUUGGAGUUAAAAUAUGAUUUAUAAAACAGAAGUUCCAAAUACUUUAUUUCUUCUAUAAUAAAGAUUGCAGCAGAAGAUUUAAAAA